ACAGUUCCAUAUUAGUGAAUACCUCCUGUACCUCCUAGCUUUUUAUGUUCUCCUGAUACAAUUUAAGAUUUUCUGGCUCGAAAUAUGGCCGUACGGCGCAAGUUUCUCAUUGAAUCUCAUAGAAUCCAAUAGAAAACAACUCUCAGUAAGUGUAACCUAACUUUUAUGUAAACUGAAAAGUGUCAACAAUCCAGAUAAAAAAAAAUGGAGGAAACAGAAAACAUGGACGUAGACUUGAAAGAUUCCAUGGAGGUAGACUCAAAAGAUUCCGAUUCUGAAUCAUCAGCUUCGUCGGACGACGAAGAGUCAAAAACAGAGUUACAAAAUUUAAAAUCCAAGCUGGCAGAGAACCCUUAUGAUUACUCUAGCCAUAUAUCCCUGAUAGGAAAGCUUCAAAGCUUAGGAGAGCUAGAUGAGCUGAGAAAAGCAAGAGAAGAGAUGAGCAAGAUCUAUCCCUUGUCUCCAGACUUGUGGCUAUCUUGGUUAAGAGAUGAAAUGAGGAUAGCUAUCAGCGCUGAGGAAAAGAAAGCAGUGAAGGAAUUAUUCGAGCGCGCUGUUGAAGACUACCUCUCUCCAGAAGUCUGGCUAGAGUAUGUCCAGUUCGCGAUUGGAGUUUCCAGCUCUGAAGAAGUCAGAGAGUUAUUUGAAAGAGCGUUGACCGCCACUGGACUCCACGUGACCUUUGGAGCCGUCAUUUGGGAGGCUUUUCGGGAAUACGAAAGAAUCCUGGGCUCCUCGAUGGAAGGAGCUGCUAAGGAAGAGCAGGUUAAUAGGGUUGGAGCUCUCUUUCGAAGACAGCUGGCCUGUCCGCUGCAAGACAUGGACAAGACUUUUGAGGAAUAUCAGCAAUGGCGCCUAGGUGAAGGCAAGGAGGCUAAUGUCAGUGAUGAGGUCGUUAAAGGAGGGUAUCAAAGGGCGGUUAAGGAUCUGGAGGAUCGCAGGGGAUAUGAGGAUAAGCUUCUUUGCUGCCAGGCUGAUGAUGAGCGGUUUGAUACUUAUAAGAUGUACUUGGAGUAUGAAAAGCUUCAUGGAGAUCCUGGGAGGGUUUCCGUGCUUUUUGAGAGGGCUAUUACUGAGCUUAGUCUUGAAGCUAGGCUUUGGGAGGAUUAUAUUAAGUAUUCAGUCUCAACAAUAAAAAUAGAACCCAUCAUAGAACGCAUUUACCACCGAGCAACGCGAAACGUGCCUUGGUGCGCGAACAUCUGGCGCCAAUGGAUGAGAUCUUUAGAAAAAUGGAACAAGCCUUUAAUGGAGAUCCAAACAAAGUUAGAGCAAGCUCUAACCGCUGGAUUUUCAACAGCAGAGGACUACAGGUCGCUCUGGAUGACUUUCCUGGAAUAUUUACGUCGCCGCCUUGACACAGACAACAGAGCCGAAGAGGAAAAAGCGCUGGAGACCAUCAGAGCUGCGUUCAAUCGUGCAGCAGAGCACCUCGCUAAAUUAUUCGGACUUGCUGGAGACCCCCAGUGCACGAUUCUCCAGUUCUGGGCCCGUACUGAGGCCAUUCAUGGCAAAAAGAUGGACACAGCCAGACAACUCUGGGCUGAUAUUAUGUCCCAAGGACACUCUGAGACCGCUGGAAUGUGGCUGGAGUACGUAGCUCUGGAGAAAUGCUGUGGCGACACUAAACCUCUUAGGAAAUUAUUCACAAAAGCUCUUGCCGCGGUUAAAGAUUGGCCGGAGACGAUUUGUAAUGCCUGGCUUGAUUUUGAACGGGAUGAAGGUACUUUAGAGCAAGUUGAAUUCUGCGAGGCUAAAAUUAAGGAAAAAAUGGAGAAAGUUUUGGAACAAAGGGCCAAAAUUACUGAGAAGGUUGAAGAAGAAAAAAAUCCAAAGAUUCAAAAGCCGGUAAAAAGGAAGCUACCAGAAGGAAAAUGGAAGAACCUAGAUGCCAAAAUCGCUAAAAUAGAAGAAAAAUCUGACAAAACUUCUUCCGAAAAACAAGACAAAGAAGAUGUUGAUCCUCAGAUCACAGUCUUUGUCAGCAAUCUAGACUACGAGUCAACUGAGCAGGAUAUUCGCGACGCUCUAGUUUCUGUUGGGACUAUCACCAAACUCAAAUUAGUGAAAGACUUUCGCGGAAGGAAUAAAGGAUUCGCUUAUGUCCAGCUCAGUGAUACGAAAGCAGUUAGCGAUGCGUUGAAACUAGACCGUACGCCUAUCAAAGGUCGACCUAUGUUUAUUUCUAGAUGCGAUCCGGAUAAAACUACUCGUGGUACUGCGUUUAAGUAUCAGUGUGCUUUGGAAAAAAAUAAAUUGUUUGUUAAAGGAUUGCCCUUAACAACAACAAAAGAAGACUUGGAAAAAAUUUUCCAAGCCUACGGUUCCCUAAAAGAAGUUCGCCUAGUAACUUACCGUAACGGUCACUCAAAAGGACUAGCAUACGUAGACUACCAGGACGAAGGAAGCGCUUCAAAAGCGCUGCUAGCUACAGACGGAAUGAAGAUAGAGGACAAGGAAAUUUCCGUGGCUUACAGCCAGCCUCCGGAGCGCAAGAAGCCGGAGUCAAGUUCCGACAUUCCUAGUCUCCUUGGCCAGAUAAAAUCCCUAGGAGGUUCCAGCGUCGCUCGAAGUAACCCCGGCCGGCAGAAGACCAUGCUCUCGAUGGUCCCCCGCAGUGUUGUCGCUCCGAGCAACGGUGUUAAGGAUAAUAAGCCGAAAAGCAACGCUGAAUUUAGAAACAUGUUUUUGAAUAAAUAAAAAUUAUUAUUAUUAAUUAUAUAAAAAAUUAUUAAAUUAAGUAA